AUAUUGUGAUCUCACCCACAAGUUUAUUUCCUAUAAAAUCUCUUCCUCUCUAUAGAUCUCUUCAUUUCCAGCCCAUUUCUCUUCCUCUUGUCUUCAUUAAGUUUUGGGAUCUUACACCACAACAACAACCAUAUACAUAUAUUUGUCUUAUUUGUCCUUUUUGUUCUGAUCUUUGUAACAAUUAAUAAGGAAAGAAAGUAAAGCUUGAAUAUCUGAAUAAUGAUGGGAGACAAUGGAGGAAGAAGAACGCCGUUAAUGAAUCUAGGGGUUCAAGUGUCGAUGAGAGUGUUAGUCAUUGGCACUGCAAUGGCAUCCAUGUGGCUCAUGCUCACUAACCGUGAAGUUGCCUCUGUUUAUGGCAUUGCUUUUGAGGCUGACUACAGCUUCUCCUCUUCCUUUAGGUAUUUGGUGUACGCAAAUAUAGCUAUCUGCGCCGCGGCAUUGUUUACGCUCGUAUGGGCUUGUUUAGCUGUCCGUAGAGUCGGACUUGUUUUUGCACUAUUCUUCUUUGAUUUGCUAACGACGCUGACGGCGAUAUCAGCUUUCUCGGCGUCCAUGUCGGAGGGUUACAUCGGAAAGUACGGUAACACACACGCCGGUUGGCUUCCGAUCUGCCGUUAUGUGCAUCGUUACUGCAAUCGUGUCACUCUCUCACUCGCCAUGUCUUUUGCCUCUUUUGUUCUAUUGUUCAUCCUUACAGUCUUAACUGCCUCCGCUUCUCGUCAUAUCUGAUUUUUUUUCCUUUUUCUACAUUUUAAAUUAUACAAUUGCUUGUAUCUCUUUAAGAUUUCUCAGUCUUUAUAUAAUUAGAUUUUUAAAAAGAUAGAAUUGAUGAUAUCAUAGAAAGAAAAUUGUACGAUUCCGUGUAUCUAAAUAUUUUUAAAAGUAUUUGAUCCGUCUUGUGUU